AUCCAGCUGAGCCGGUUUCAACCAUGUCUGAUUCAUACAUUAUAGCAAUAGACUUUGGUACUGCUUACAGUGGAUAUGCCUUCAGUAUGACGAGCAGCGAAGAAGAAACUGAGCCCCGUCUAAAGUUCUGGGGUGAAGAGGUUGGACUGGAGACCCCAAAAGCUCCUUCCUGCAUUCUGUUUGAUGAAAAUGAGGAAUUUCUUAGCUUUGGUUAUGAAGCUAAAGAAGCUUAUGUUAGAAAACAUGGUGAGGAGGCUAGAAAGAAGCUCUUCUUCGACUGCUUCAAGAUGGAACUCUACGGAAAAAAAAUCAGCAGAGAUUUGACCAUCAAAGCUGCCAAUGGGAAGUCAAUGAAGGCCCUGAAGGUGUUUGCAGCAGCUCUGGGGUUCUUGAAGGAUGAUGCACUGAAAACCAUCAGCAGCAACGCUUCAGGGAAGAAGUUUGUGGCCUCGGACUUCACCUGGGUGCUGACUGUACCUGCUAUCUGGGAUCCUUCAGCCAAGCAGUUCAUGAGAAAAGCUGCAACCGAGGCAGGUAUUGUGACUACAGGAAAUGAAGACAAACUGGUGAUUGCACUGGAACCAGAAGCAGCUUCAGUCUGGUGCAAGAAGCUUCCAGCUGAUGGGUUCCUAGCUGAAAACCAGGGAGGAGACAGAAUAGAGGAGUCUCCAGGAGCGCAGUACAUAGUUGUGGAUUGUGGAGGUGGAACCAUCGACAUUACUGUACAUGAAGUCCUGGAAGGAGGAGCCCUGAAGGAGCUACACAAGGCCUCUGGAAACGACCAGGGUGGACAAACUGUAGACAGAAAAUUCAGAGAAUUCCUCAGAGAAGUAUUCUGUGAUGGUGUCUGGGAUGAAUAUGAGAAAAAAUUCCCUGGAGAAGUUCAGAAAAUAAUGUAUGACUUCACCAUGUUCAAAAGAAACGAUGAUGAUGUAGAAAUAGUCUGCACACUGAACCUGGGCUCGCUGGCUCAGAAAAAGAAGGACAUAGAAAGGUUCUUUCACUCAGUCCAAGGUAUAUCCUGGAAUGAAGGAUCCAUCAAAAUCUCCAAACAGAAACUGAGAUCAUUCUUUGAGGAGAGUCUGUACAGGAUCACUAAGAGUGUGCGAGAAAUCUUACAGAAAGAUUUCAACAUUGAGUAUAUCCUGUUGGUGGGGGGCUAUGCUGAGAGCCAGAUCCUACGUCGUCACAUUUCUGAUGAGUUUAUGGAUGAUUGUCAGGUUUUGUGUCCGUUUAGGCCUCAAGAAGCCAUCCUGAAGGGAGCUGUUGAUUUUGGGAGAAACAAAGCAGUGGUGGCGUCUCGGAAAAGUGGCUUCACUUAUGGACUAGCUGUCCGUGAACCAUUUGAUAAGUCACAACACCGCACAGAUAAGAAGGUAAUGGAUAAAGACGGUGACUGGUGUGAUGAUAUUUUCAAGAAGCUGGUGGUCAUUGAUGAAGACAUUGGUUGGAAUGAAUCUAGAGAAUACAGUCUGUCUGCUGGAGGAUCAGAUAAUAGGGAGACAAUCUUUCAAUUCUUUCACACAGAAAGAAAAAAUCCAAAUUAUGUGGAUGAGAGAGGAAUUGAAAAAAUCGGCUCUUUUGUGGUUAAUUCUCCUGACAUUACACGUGGGCUGAACCGUGAACUCAAACUAAAAAUCAAGUUUGGCUUCACAGAAAUGACGGCCACAGCCACCGACGUGGAUUCAGGCUCAACAAAGACCAUCGAACUGGAUUUCAUGACGAAGUCGUAAAGAUGCUCUAGACCUCUAAAGUUCCUGAAUCCACCAAACAUCGCAGACAAAUGAAGAAGAUCAAUGAAGGUUGUACCUGAAUAAACAGAUACAUAUACUGUAGGGACUUUAGGCAUUUUAGGUGAUUUUUGAAGUCAACUAGUCAGGCCUUUCAAAAUCAAUUAGCCUUGACUUCAUCGUGAUGUCAUCAAUAAGGAAAUAAAAAUAUUUUAUCUCCAAAUGGAAAUUGUAAAACGUAUGAGAUGUUAUUUCUAUAUUAUGUGUUCCAUAAACAGGUGUUUUAACAUUGUUCUGUAUUUUACAUUGUGUGGGCUCUAGUGUCUUUCAUUGUCCAGCAGGUAGAUGAGAAAGUGGGACAGGGAGACGUUUGGGAUCGAACCUGGGUUGGGUGCAUUAAUAUAGGGUAGUGCAUGCUAUGCUACAUGAGCUAAACACCGCGCCCAGAAGAGAGUUCAGCUACAAAAAAACAUAGUUAUUUUCCUCGUCUUUCCGUCUGGUCUUUUUCCUCCUGAAGUAACAUGUCUAACCAUGCUGCUCUGGUCUGUUGCCUCCACUACUGGUGAAAACUCCAACAGAAGCAGCUGCUAAACUUUACGCUUCCACACAAAGGUUGGGAGGCAGACAAGGGCGAUUACUCCUGGGUGAAACUGCAGCUAGCUUCAGGCUUAGCGACCUUCACUUUACUCAGUAUCUAGCAGCAGCCAGCUUCAGGGCUAGCUCCCUUCACUUUCCUAAGCAGUGGUGAAGCAGACAUGGGACUCUGCUGGAACUAGCAGAGCUGUGUGGUGUUUAUUACUAAAGCUGGUAGCAAAACAUUCACCACUAAACAGAAAGUUUCUCACUGCAACUUCCUCUGCUCUGACAUCCCCUCCUCUCCCUACUGCUCUGACUCCUGAGCUGCAUGUGUCUCUCUGUCCAGUUCGACCAUAAAAGGGAGAUGCUGUUCUUUGAACACAGCCCUGUAAACACCAGCAUGUCUCUAAACCAGGAGACAUUCUCCUCUAAACCAUGAAAUGUGCUAUACAAAUAAACUUGCCUUGCCUAAACAAAACGGUAACUUUCAAAAAAGGCUGUUGAAUUUUUAAAAAAGCCAUUAAUUUUGUACACAUUUUAGCUAAUUAAUUUGUCGAUAAGUGGUGUUUAUCCCUAACAUUAAUGAUAUGGUAUUAUCUGUUUUUUUUUUUGUUUUUUUUUUUCUUUGUCAUGAUCCAGUCGGCUGGAAAGUCCCAACACCUGACUGCUGCAGGUUUUGCCUGUAAUUAGAUUGUUUUUAGAUAAAUAUCAUGAACCUCUUCACCUUGUACAAGCUGAAAUCUCCCAGUCUGAGGACAAUGAGAACAGAUGGAGUCAAACUGGGCGAGAAAGUCCAUUUGGAACUAAAACUUUUAACUGGGGAACAGUUUCUAUAGGUUUUCUGCAUCUUUACUGAAUGAAUGUGGAGAAUCUCAGAAUAGCAGUAAAAUCAUUACUGGGACUUUCCUCCAAAUGUACAUGAAUCGAUAAUUAAACUAUUUUCUUUCUGUCAUUAUUACCUUUUAUGUCCUUACCAUGUGAAUUUGAUUUUACAUUUUUGUAGCAUUUUCUUUCUGAAGUGACUGUAACUGAAAUACAUUUAAAUAAAACUGGACAACACUUU